GAAGUCGAUUUACCUAUCCCUAAUAGCGGGACUUUUACAUUCGCAAUUUUAACAUGAGAGAAAAAUAAGAAAAUUGUUAUCCUUGUAAAUAGCUUUAUUUUCAAUGCAAAAUGGCAAAACGUUUCCAGCCCAUGAAGGAAUUUGGCCGCAAUAUGAAAAAGCCAAAACUGGAUAUUAGCAUAAAUCGCGGUUCAACACAUAAUGCGGCUUCUACGUCGAAGACAAGCUCCUCCAACAAUGAUCAAAAUAAUUUUUGGGACGACGACGAUGAUGAUGUGAUACUCCUUGCCACCCAGGUGGCUGAGGCAGCAGCUGUGGCCAAAUCAUGCUCGAAUAACAAUGCUCUCAUAUCUGAAACGGAAAUAACAUUCACCGAGUUUGCGAGCGCUGCCACAACAAGUACACAAAUGCCGGCAGCAACAUACGAUAUACCAGGACCGGAUAUACUGUCGCAAAUGUUUGAUGAUGAGGACGAUGAUCUAAUGGCAGUGGUAGAGAAGCAAGAUCCGGCACCUUUUAAAAAGCCUCUGACUCCUCCACCGCCUUCAAAGUCCGCUGCUUCCUCGUCUGCAUUAACGAAAUCUAGGCAAUCAGAAAAGCAACCAUCGCAAAAGCCAACAAACGAGUCAGAGGAUAUAUUCGAAAUUAGACUAACCCAAGGCAACAGUCUGCAGGACACUAGUUGCGCAUCCGUCCAAAGUUCAGCUCGCAGACAACUGGCCUCAGAGAGGCAAAUAAAGUUCCUAAUGGAAAAAGUUGAUGCUUUAAAGAAAGAAAACGUUAAAAUCAGUAACGAACUCUCGGAAUCUAAAUCCAAAAUAGAGUCCAAGGAAGGUGAAGUGUCAUUGCUGCGCGAUGAACUACGACACCUAAAACAGCAGGCCAACAAUUUAAAAAUGGAAAAGAUUUUCAGUACCGAGGCUGUGAAGGGAGAGUGCCAACUGAAAAUUGCCGAACUGGCCAAAAAGGUAGAGGCGCAACAGGCCGAGAUAAGACUGAAGGAGGCCCAAACAUCACGUAUGAAAAUGAAACAGGCCGAUGAGACACAAAAACUGCAGCAGAGUAUGGUUUUGGUGAAUAGAACCGAGGUUGCUUCCGGCAGCAAACAAGACAAGAAAUUAAAAAAAUGUCUCAUGAAAAUGCAAUCAUUGGAUCUGAAUAUAACGCCCGAUACAAAUGACGAAAAUAUUGAAUUGUAUCCUCCGGUGUUUGACUCCUCCUUGGAUAAGGGAGGAACUGUUAAACGCAAGACUUUGUUCGAACGAGAAUUGGAAAAUAUUCAGACUCUUUUGGCCCAACUGCAGCUAAUGGCUGUUCACGAGGUUCCCAAUGACUUUAUUGACAGAUGUAUAGAAUCUGUGUGCAAGGUCUUCCCAGAAUUCUGGUCAUACACACAAACUUUGUAUUUUUUGAAAUACUGCGAGGUACAUCCUUACCACAAUUACUCGUUAAGUGAUUCGAAGAUAUAUUCAAAGCGAUUGCUGCAACAACCCAGUGAAAUAUAUGAACGUGAGAGAUGUCUUUGCUUUCGAAGAUAUAUUGCCAUAUUGGCCAUAAUGUGUCAACGUGAGGCCUCCCUGGCCCUGGCAUUGCUGCGUUAUAAACAUGGCGAAUAUUAUCUGUUACAAAUUGCAACGGAUUCCAUUGUGACAUUGGGUUUCGCCUGUGGCAUUUGUGAGCAUUUUGGAGUAUUGGAAGCCUUUUCGGUUUGGCUUAAAAGUAUGUUGCAUCACAUGUCGCAGGAUGUGGAAAACUCUUGUGUGGAAAUGCUAGUGGAUCUCAUGAAGCAUAUAGUCUUUACCAGACCAUGCGCCUGGAUAUUUCGCGAAAUAUCCAUAUGCUUGUUUGAAAGUUGUAAAUUGCCACAAAUUCUCGAUAUGCUGUGCGUUAAUAGUCCGGAAAGAACUUUUGUGGCAGAUCGUGUCAAAUCCACAUAUCGCUUUUCCAACGAUUCGUGUUUCAUGCAGGUUUAUUGUGGUCUUCUGGAAAUUGCCUUUCCCCUAAGUGCCGGCCUGCAUUUGGAACACUUUAGGCUGUUGGUUGAUAUCUGCUGGAAUCAUAUACGUUUUGCCUAUCAUUGUUUUAUACAACCGCCCAAGUUUAUACACAAAAUGUUACCAAUUUAUGACGAUGAAGAUGACGACGAAAUGGAUUGCCAAUCGGCUGGUGAUGAAACGACCUCAAGUCGAACGUAUGCUGGUGCAUUUGAGACAACUGAACAAAAUUCUACAACUAGAUCGGUAACUAGCACUUCUUCGACUGUAAAAGCAACAACAUCGGUGGCCGUCGAUAGUACAAACAUCAAUAACAUAAUAUCCACAACCCAAUGUGAAUGUUAUAUAAAAUUGUGCCUCAGCGUGGUAACGUUGGUCUUUCAACUGAUGCGACAAUGGAUUUUUCACAAAAUGGAAUAUUGUACUGACGAAGUAACUGAAAUUUCCCGCUUGUCUGUGCAGCUUUUACACAUGGUAUUCUGUGACUACUAUUUGACAUGUUUAUUUCGUGACUCGGAGGCAACAACGAAAUACUAUCUCAGUUUGAUUUUAAAAUGGUGGUCGGAAUAUGCCAAAAAAUUGAAUUUUAAUGAAAUUGAUUUAAAAUUUUUACAAAAAAUACAAAAUUCCCAUGUUAUACCCAAAGACAUUGCGGAUGAGACAAACCUACACACAGUGGUUGCCGACUUAAACGAAUGGCAAAGCCUAACCAAAGAUAAUGGCCAAGACAUACUUUUAAAUAGUUUAGAUGAAGCAGCCAAAAUUGCAAAUCGUUUGGGACUAAUUGAAACAGCAUCGGAUGAGGAGAAGUUCUUUGAAGUUUUCAAGGGAUAUGCAUUUAAUUUCCAGUGACACACACAAACACACAAAACCCAUUAGUAUUGUUAUUUGUUAAAAACAGAAAUUAUAAAUUGUUAUGAGAACAAAUUAUGUAAAUACAUUUCAUUUUAGGAAUUAUAGUACAACUUAGUUGUAAAUUUAGAUUACUUUCUUAUACAAAAAAAAAGGAAAAAAAAAGAUAGUUAAUAAAAAAACACAAUUGGAUUAUUGAA